GAGGGAAACACAUUCGUGAUACAACCUCCACUCAGAGGGCUGGUAGGCAUUACGGUCCGUAGCCAUUUUGGCUCAAGGGCUUCCCUCCAGGGACACACCUCCCUGCGUCGGCCAGCAGCUCCCCAGCGCCCGCGGCGCCAUGUCGCUCCGCUAUGGGAGCUACGGCGGAGGCCUCAGCGGAGGCGCGGGCGGCCUCGGCGGCGCGUGCGGUGCGGGCCGCGGGUAUGGCGCCAGCGGCCUGUACGGCGCGGGCGGCGCGUACGGCGCGGGCGGCGCGCGUGGCGCGGGGGGCGCGGACUGCGGCACGGCGUGCUGCGCAAGCACCACCGCCUGCAUGGGCUGCGGCCCCGGCUGCGGCGUGGCCUGUGCCGAGGGCUCGGGCUGCGGCGGCGGCGGCACGAUUCUGAGCUACGUGGGCCCAGGGGGCGACUACGUCCAGGAGACCACGUACAAGUACGUAGGCAUGGGCGCGGGCGAGUUCGGGGCGGUCCGCAUCCCUGGGCGCGGCCCGAACUUCUGCCUGAUCUGCCUCGUGCCCCUGGGACUGUCGCUCCUCCUGCUGCCCCUCCUGCUCUUCGCGAUGUCGCCAGGCUCGACGACGACCACGACUACUACCACACCCGUGAUCAUCACGACCACUCCGCCGCCCGACACCACGACCACGAAGAAGACCACCACCACCAAGAAGACCACGACGGCCCCGCCUCCGCCCCCGCCGCCCCCGCCGCCGCCGCCCCCGCCCCCGCCGCCGCCCCCUCCCCCGCCGCCCACGACCACGGAGAAAAAGAUCAACUGCGGCGAGGGCGACGUCGUGUCCUGGGACGUGCCCAAGAAGGUAUAUUGCUGCCUGCACGAGGGCAAGGGCUGCCCGACGACCCCGGCCGCUCCCAGCACCAUGCCGGCACCGGUGGUGCCGGUAGUGCCAGUGGUGACCACGUCCCCAUGCCCGAUUGAUUGCAACGCAGGUUACAACGACCUCGACCCGCUGCAGUGGGUCCGCGGCUGGUCCGGCGAGAAGAAGUUGUUCUGCUGCAAGACCGCGAACAAGGGCUGCCCGUCGGAGCUGCCCCCACCCUCCGGGGCGCCGCCUUCCAACGCACCCCCGGAGCCGGACAACAGCGUGUACGACUGCGACGCGGGCUACCACCACUGCAUGCAUUGUCUCGAGCUGUCGUGGUCCCCCAAGAAGAUCGGCUACUGCUGCGAGAACUUCCACAAGGGCUGCAAGGGCGAGGAGCCGGAGUGAGAAGCCCCUCCAGCGCGCCUCCGCCGAUCGGGGCCCGGGCGCAGGUGUCCCCUUUUUUUGGUCUGGAGCCCGCCAGGCGGGUUGGCAAAGCUACACCCGCCCGCGGGCGGCUCCCGCGCCUCUCCUCGCUCCUCCCUGCCUCCCUCCCUCCUCACAUCACUCGUGGGCAGAAAACAGAACAUCCGUAUCCACGGCCUCGCGGGCCGGGCCCAUGGGCCGUGACCCCUAUGGAUACCGGAUGUUUUUUCAUGGCUCCAUACCGUCUCCCUCCAGCAGAAGGUGCGUCCCACGCCGGGCGGGUUGGCAAAGCUACACUCGCCGCGGCCCUGCAUGCCAUGGGGCUCCCUCGCACGUGCACCGGAGCGGGCAUGCUUCCUCUGGCGGCCGCACGGCCAGCGAGCUGUUCCAACAGAAACGAAGCCAAGUCAUGUUAGUCGGCGUGGGCCC